GGGAGAACGCGGGUAGUUACAAUCGGUGGUGGAGUAUUCAGUUACACAGAUCACCAUGUCUGAGAGGAAAGCUGUGAUCAAGAAUGCUGAUAUGUCAGAAGAGAUGCAGCAGGAUGCUGUAGAGUGUGCUACUCAGGCACUGGAGAAAUUCAACAUUGAGAAGGAUAUAGCAGCCUUUAUUAAAAAGGAAUUUGACAAGAAGUACAACCCUACAUGGCAUUGCAUUGUGGGAAGGAAUUUUGGCAGCUACGUUACACAUGAAACAAAGCACUUCAUUUAUUUCUACCUGGGUCAGGUAGCCAUCCUUCUCUUCAAAUCGGGCUAGACUGAUCAGGAAUCCUCACUUUACCUGUAAAAACUCCAGAGACUUGUGCUAUAGCCUAACCAAGGGAACAAACCUUCUCUACCUUCCUUGUGUCCUUAUUUGUGAUAACAGGACUGAAAACCUGUUGUGCUGAAUUGUUUUUCAUAAUGGUUAUAAAAGAGAAUGCAACAACAAAAAUUCGUAUUUAUUUUCUAAUGUUGCUAUUUUUUCUUAACAUUUAAUAAAUGUUUUUUUUUUUUUCUUUUGAA